AUGGAAACCGGAUCCUCAACCUUGACGGUCCAGCUCGAGGCCCUGGGCCGGCCGCCGACACCCAAGGAUGGCAGCCUCCUCAACACCGAGGGCCACUGCCUCGGGUCCAAUACGGACGCCACCGGCGGGCUCCCGGCCCCGACGACGACGGCCGCCGUCGUCCAGAAGUGGAACCGUCCGAGGUCCAACAUGUCCAGGGUGCUCUCGUGCUUCUGGAGCCUGCUUGUCUCGGGCGCCAACGACGCUGCUUACGGUCUAGAGAAAUACUACAACCUCACCUACGUCGUCGUCUCCCUUGUCUUCCUCUCCCCCUUUGUCGGCUACGUCCUGUCGGCCCUGCUCAACAACCACAUCCACUUGCGUUGGGGCCAGCGCGGCAUCGCUAUCCUCGCCUCGGUCUGCCACAUCGCCGCCUACGUCGUAAUCUCUCAGCACCCGCCCUACCCGGCGCUCGUCGUCGUCUUCAUCCUCGCGGGCUUCGGCAACGGCCUGAGCGACGCGGGAUGGAACGCGUACAUUGGCAACAUGGACCGCGCCAACGAGGUCCUCGGCUUCCUGCACGCCUGCUACGGCGUCGGCGGCGUCAUCAGCCCGCUCAUCGCGACGACCAUGAUCAACAAGGGGAACCUGGGGUGGUGGACGUUUUACUACGUCAUGCUCGGCCUGGCCGUCAUCGAGCUCGUCUGGUGCACCGCGGCCUUCUGGACGCAGACCGGGGCCGUCUACCGCGAGACGGUGAGCCACUCCAACAACGGCAGCAACGCGGGGCUGCGGACCGCACUCUUCAAACGGCCCUACGCCCGCGUCUCCUGGCUCAGCGCGCUCUUCCUCCUCGCCUACGUCGGCACCGAGGUCUCGCUGGGCGGCUGGAUCGUCCAGUUCAUGAUCCAGGUGCGGAGGGCCGACGCCUUCGACUCGGGCAUGACCUCGGUCGGCUUCUGGCUCGGCCUGACGCUCGGCCGCGUGGUGCUGGGCUUCGUGACGCCCCGGCUGGGCGUCAAGCUCGCCGUGUCCAUCUACAUCCCCAUCACCAUGGCGCUCGAGCUGGUCUUCUGGCUCGUGCCACAGUUCUACGUCUCGGCCGUCGCCGUCGCCCUGCAGGGGUUCUUCCUCGGGCCGUUCUUCCCGGCCGUCGUGGUGGCGGCGACGAGGCUGCUGCCGCGGCACCUGCACGUCAGCACCAUCGGGUUCGCGGCGGCGUUUGGGGGUAGCGGGGCGGCUAUUCUGCCGUUCGCCGUUGGGGCGUUGGCGCAGGCCAAGGGCGUGCAGGUCUUGCAGCCCAUCGUUCUUGCGUUCCUGGGCGUCAUGCUGGGUUUGUGGCUCUGCUUGCCCAGGAUCGGGCACAAGGAGGAGUAG